UAAAAAGCCAGACCCCGCGUAGAAUCCUACCGGAGAGCCGAGUAGCGUUGGAAGAGCACUCCCCAGCCGGAACCAUAGGGAUCUUCGUCUCUGCUCCAUCGUCUAGUAGUAGUAGCAACCCGCAGGGGACCGCCGCAGCCAUGCCUUUCUCCAGCACCCACAACGCCAUGAAGAUGAAAUACCCGUCGGCCGCCGAGUUCCCAGACCUCAGCAAGCACAACAAUCAUAUGGCCAAAAUACUCACGCCUGCCAUAUAUGAGCGCCUGCGCGGCAAGCAGACCCCGAGCGGCUUCACAUUGGACGACGUCAUCCAGACCGGGGUGGAUAACCCAGGUCACCCGUUCAUCAUGACGGUGGGCUGUGUGGCGGGAGACGAGGAGACCUACGAGGUGUUCAAGGAGCUGCUGGAUCCGGUCAUCGAGGACCGCCACGGCGGCUACAAGCCCACCGACAAACACAAGACCGACCUCAACCCAGCCAACCUCAAGGUAGCGCACACGCACACGCGCACACACAGACACAAGACCGACCUCAACCCAGCUAACCUCAAGGGAGGGGAUGAUUUGGACCCAAACUACGUGCUGAGCUCUCGCGUCAGGACUGGCCGCAGCAUCCGAGGAUUCUGCCUCCCUCCUCACUGCAGCCGCGGGGAACGCAGGGCCGUCGAGACGCUCUCUGUCGAGGCUCUGGCUGCCCUUGAGGGCGAUCUGAAGGGCAAGUACUACGCUCUGAAGAACAUGACUGACGCAGAGCAGCAGCAGCUCAUCGAUGACCACUUCCUGUUUGACAAGCCCGUGUCCCCACUGCUCCUGGCCGCAGGAAUGGCCCGCGACUGGCCCGACGGCAGGGGCAUCUGGCACAAUGACAACAAGACCUUCCUGGUGUGGGUGAAUGAGGAGGACCACCUGCGCGUCAUCUCCAUGCAGAAGGGAGGAAACAUGAAGGAAGUAUUCAACCGCUUCUGCACCGGCCUCACCAAGAUCGAGUCUCUGUUCAAGAACAAGAACCACCCGUUCAUGUGGAACGAGCACCUGGGCUACGUGCUGACCUGCCCGUCCAACCUGGGCACUGGCUUGCGCGCCGGUGUCCACGUCAAGCUGCCACACCUCAGCAAGAACGCCAAAUUUGAGGACAUCCUCAAGAAGCUGCGGCUGCAGAAGCGCGGAACAGGUGGCGUGGACACGGCGGCAGUGGGCGGCACUUUUGACAUCUCCAACGCGGACCGGCUGGGCUUCUCUGAGGUGGAGCUGGUGCAGAUGGUGGUGGAUGGGGUCAAGCUGCUGGUGGACAUGGAGAAGAGGCUGGAGAAGGGAGGCUCCAUCGACGACCUCAUGCCCGCGCAGAAGUGAACACACACACACACACACACACACACACACACACACAUAUACACAAGGCUCAUUAAGCUGUUGGUACUGUAGUUUCUGAAGGAAUGAAGUUGGAUUUGAACAUGUGAGAAUAAAGUAUUGGCCCACCUA